AAGGUUCCGUGCGAGCAGCUGCGGGGAACCACGUGAGGCCGGGGGCGCGUUUCCGGUGCGGGCGGUCGCAGCCGGAGGUGAAGACUCGUCAUCCGAAGGGGACCAUGGCCAACAGCGAGCGCACCUUCAUCGCCAUCAAGCCUGAUGGGGUCCAGCGGGGGCUGGUGGGAGAGAUCAUCAAGCGGUUCGAGCAGAAGGGGUUCCACCUUGUUGGUUUGAAAUUUCUGCAGGCUUCAGAGGACCUUCUCAAGGAGCACUACACUGACCUGAAGGACCGCCCCUUCUUUACUGGCCUGGUGAAGUACAUGCACUCAGGACCAGUGGUUGCUAUGCAUUGGGAAGGGGAGUCUCAGGUUGAAGUGGGUAGCCUGACACUCGGUAGAACCCACGUGGCUUCCUUGGCCGGCUUGGGACGGCCGGGCCUCAUCGACUACACUUCUUGCCUCCGCAGGACCAUGGCCAACCUCGAGCGUACCUUCAUUGCCAUCAAGCCAGAUGGCGUGCAGCGUGGCCUGGUUGGUGAGAUCAUCAAGCGAUUCGAGCAAAAGGGGUUCCGCCUGGUGGCCAUGAAGUUCCUUCGGGCCUCUGAAGAACACCUGAAGCAGCAUUACAUCGACCUGAAGGACCGUCCUUUCUUCCCGGGGCUGGUGAAGUACAUGAACUCGGGGCCUGUGGUGGCCAUGGUCUGGGAGGGGCUCAAUGUGGUGAAAACGGGCCGAGUGAUGCUGGGGGAGACCAAUCCAGCUGAUUCAAAACCAGGCACCAUUCGUGGGGAUUUCUGCAUUCAAGUUGGCAGGAACAUCAUUCAUGGUAGUGAUUCAGUGGAGAGUGCCGAGAAAGAGAUCCAUCUAUGGUUUAAGCCUGAAGAACUGAUCGACUACAAGUCUUGUGCCCAUGACUGGGUGUACGAGUAGACGUGGAGAAACCAGAGUUCUUUUCAGCACUACUGAUGGGUUUCUGGACAGAGCUCUUCAUCCCACUGACAGGAUGGAUCACCUUUUCUAAAACAAUAAAGACUUUGGAAUUG